UCAUAGUUUUAAUUCUUGGAUAGAUUAGUAGUAUUAUUAAUUUUUUGUUUACAAGACAAAAAUGUUAAAAUUUGGAAUCUUGUGUUUAGUUCUUCUAAUGCUAGGUAGUCCCAUCUUCUCCCAUCCAUUUACCUUGGAGGAGGAGAACAGGAUGAGGGCGGAUUAUGUCUCUGUGGAUGAAAGCAUGAAUAUUCUGAAAGCAGCGCUGGCAGGAGUAGUUGAGCUGAGGGCUGCUAUUAAGCACUAUCAAGAAUCCAAGGUUUGCUGGGACUUUCUUCCAAUCAUAGACAAGGCAGCAGAUAUAGAAACGAUCAUUUGUAAGCUGAAAAACAAGGAAAUCUGUACGAUGUCGAAGAUGCUGAAGAUUCACUUUAUCAAAAUGUUUGUCCUCAAGUUGAAACGGUGUUCUCCUCUUCUCCAAACUCUUCCUGACGACUUACCUCUUAGAUUCAGGUCUUCUAUCGGAAAAUGAGAAAACAAGUAAUGAUUGUGAACUAUAAGAAAAUGAUAUGAAUAUGUGUUUAUUGGAAAUUAUAAAAAUAAACCCUGCAAAAUAUAA